AUGUAUGUCGAAGGAAAUGCACGUUGGAACAGAGUGCCACAGUGAAGCAUUGUUGAGCAAUGAUGUACCUUGGUGGUUCAAAAUACAAAGUAUACAGUAACUAUGCUCUAUGGCACUGGCACUAACACUAUCUCUCUUUCUUUUUCUUUUUCUUCUCUCUCCCUUCGCCACCUCCUCCGCCCUCUGUCCGGUUUCCAAUUUGAAACAAUGUGUCCGUCUGUUUUCUGAUCUUUUUUUGGGUGUGCAGCCUGUCAAAGACUUCCCUGUGUGUCUCCCUCCAUCCGAAAUGAACUGAUUAAAAAACCUUCACUCAAACUUUGAAGUCAUGAGAUAACGGUUUUCAAAAAUGCUCACUCCUUUCAUUCCUUACAGUAGUGUGUUACAUUGCUUUGUUCUGCUCAUAGUUCACUUUUUAGGGAUGGAUAAGUGAACAUUUUGGAUUAAUAAACCAAAUGUUUGCAUGUUGAUAGUUACUGUAUAGGCCUACUUUGUAUUUUGAACCACCAAGGUACAUUCUGCUGCCAGCUAAGAUGCUGCCAGCUAAGAUGACAGCAAGUGGCUUUAUUUCACAACAGAAAGACAUCAUUUUCACCACCCAUUGAUGCACAGCAAGCGGAAGACUGUCAAAUAUUCUUCAUCCUCUGUGAGCUUUUCGGGUGUCAUGUCUCUUUAAAUACUGGGGAGCGAGCAGACCAGCUGAGAGUGCGCGAGCACUGCUUUACUCCCAGUAAUUGACAGCUCUAAGUCCCGCCUCCAUGACUAGCGGGCAGGGCCUGGCUGUGUGCGCCUGGAGAGUUGUCGGUGUCUUCAAUGAGCUGGCCAGCAAUGUACAGUAGCAUUACCACCGCUUAACAACAAUAACGGCUGGCCUGGACAGGCGAAUUACACCGACGGAGGGUCCCUCGCCGUCUCAGCUUUACGGUGGUUCCACCAUUGCCUGCUGCCCUUCACUGUCUAAACGGAUCUGAAGUAUGUACCCGUCGGUGGGCAUCUCAGCCCAGAUCCAACACGCUCGAGAGCAGGAAGAGGGCAUGGGGUCCAAGGAGCAGGCCGUCCUGUUAAACGGACAGGACUAUGAGGCUCUAAAGCAGGAGUGUCUGGAGAGUGGUCGUCUGUUUGAAGACCCCUACUUCCCAGCUGAGGGCCCCUCACUGGGGUUCAAGGAGCUGGCCCCGCACUCCUCCAAGACCAGAGGGGUACAGUGGAUCAGGCCUACGGAGCUGACGGAUAACCCCCAGUUCAUCUUGGGAGGAGCCACACGCACAGACAUCUGCCAAGGAGCCUUGGGUGACUGCUGGUUGCUGGCUGCCAUCGCCUCUCUGACCCUUCAUGACAAGCUGCUACACAGAGUCGUACCACACGGCCAGAGCUUCCAGGAGGACUACGCUGGCAUAUUCCACUUCCAGUUCUGGCAGUUUGGUGAGUGGGUGGAUGUUGUGAUAGAUGACCGGCUGCCGGUGAAGGAUGGGGAGCUGAUGUUUGUGCACUCGGCAGAGGGGAACGAAUUCUGGAGCGCACUCGUGGAGAAGGCCUACGCCAAGGUCAAUGGUUCCUACGAGGCGUUGUCUGGAGGCAGCACCACUGAGGGCUUUGAGGAUUUCACUGGCGGAGUAUCGGAGAUGUACGAACUUAAGAAGGCCCCUCGAGACCUGCACCGCAUCAUCAGCAAAGCACUGGAGAGGGGGUCACUACUCGGAUGCUCUAUAGAUAUCACCAGUGCGUUUGACAUGGAGGCCAUCACCUUUAAGAAGCUGGUGAAGGGACAUGCCUACUCUGUCACCGGACUCAAGCUGGUUGAUUAUCAGGGCAGGAGGGAGCGUCUGAUCCGGGUGCGUAACCCCUGGGGCCAGGUGGAGUGGACUGGAGCCUGGAGUGAUGGCUCGUCUGAGUGGGAUUCUGUCGACCCAGACGACAAAGAGGAGAUGCACUCCAAAAUGGAGGAUGGAGAGUUCUGGAUGGCGUUUGAUGAGUUUAAGCGUCAGUUCUCGCGUAUUGAGAUCUGCAAUCUGACUCCCGAUGCCCUGAGUGAUGAUGAUGUCAGCUUCUGGAACACCAUCAAGUUCCACGGAACAUGGAGACGAGGCAGCACCGCAGGGGGAUGCAGAAACCACCCAAACACGUUCUGGAUCAACCCCCAGUAUCGCAUCACUCUGCUGGAAGAGGAUGAUGACCCUGAGGAUGACGAGGUGGCCUGCAGCUUCCUGGUGGCCCUGAUGCAGAAGGACAGGAGACGCUACCGCCGACAGGGACAAGACAUGCACACCAUAGGGUUCGCCGUCUAUGAGAUACCUGAAGAGUUCCACGGUAUUGCUAGUGUCCACAUGAAGAAGGACUUCUUCCUGCGUAACUCCUCGUGCGCGCGCUCCGAGACCUUCAUCAACCUGAGGGAGGUCUCCAACCGCAUCCGCCUGCCCCCAGGAGAAUACCUCAUCGUCCCAUCGACCUUCGAACCCAGCAAGGAGGCUGACUUUGUGCUGAGGGUCUUCACGGAGAAGCAGAGUGAGACACACGAAAUGGACGAUGAGGUGACCUUCAACAUUGAAGAGGAGGACGAUAUCUCAGAGGAUGAUAUUGAUGACUCCUUCAAGAACAUGUUUUCCCAGCUGUCUGGAGAGGAUAUGGAAAUCUCAGUGCGGGAGCUGAGAACCAUCCUCAACAGAGUGGUGUCCAAACACCGUGACCUGAAGACAGAUGGCUUCAGUAUGGAGUCGUGUCGUGGCAUGGUCAGCCUCAUGGAUAAAGACGGCAGUGCUCGUCUGGGUAUCGUUGAGUUCCAGGUGCUGUGGAAUAAGAUCCGCAAGUGGCUCGGAAUAUUCCGGCAGUUCGACCUGGACAAGUCUGGCAGCAUGAGCUCAUACGAGAUGAGGAUGGCCAUGGAGAACGCAGGCUUUGUGUUGAACAAUAAGCUGACCCAGGUGCUGGUGGCUCGCUACGCAGAGAACGAGACCAUCGACUUUGACAACUUCGUCUGCUGCCUGGUCAAGCUGGAGGGCAUGUACAAGGCCUUCAGAGAGCUGGACAAAGAUGGUACAGGCGUGGCUGAACUCAACCUAACUGAGUGGCUGUACAUGAGCAUGUGUGGAUAAGACUGCAGCAGCAGUGAUGACCGAAGAGGACCCCGUCUACCCCCAGCAAUACCCCCCCGCCCUUCCAAGAGACCGUGUCUCCUCUGCUUCUACCUUACCUCUGACUGUCCUUCGCCACCACACACACACACACACACACACACACACACACACACACACACACACACACACACACACACACACACACACACACACACACACACACACACACACACACACACACACACACACACAAGCUACUCCCUGUAUCACUCCUACUACGUACUAUCUGCUUCAGAAACCAAAUACACUGCCUUACGAUUUGCUGCUGUCUUUGAAAUCACUCCCUGUUGUUUGUUUGUUUACUUACUGUAUCGUAUCUGUGUCAAGUGUAACUGUCAUUCAAAUAAUUUUUUGUUGUCUUGGGAAGGAUGAAGGAGAUUUACAGUCCUCAUGGUGACUGUUUUAAUGCACUUUUUAAUUUUAUUUCAUUCAUUUAUUUUAACUUAUUACAUUGUAUUUGAUCUAAGUCAUUCUCUUGCCCUAUCUGGUUGAAAAUUGAUGGUAUAAGCCAGCUCAGCCUUUUUCGCCUUCACAUAAACUCUUGGAAAGUAUACCCAGUUGCUGCUUUUCACAGAUCGGUCCAUUCAUUUCUAUAUGUAGUAGACUCAUCAUUUCCUCGUCAAAUACCAUGUGUACUCACCACCAUAACCAUCCAUUACUCCUCACACACUCACAUAGACCCAUUACUGUGCAGCCUAGUUAGACAGAUACCGCACAGUGUGCAAGCAGCAAGCAACUUUUAGCCUCAGUGACUCUAUAAUGCAGAUGGCCCCAAUGGAAGGAAUGGUGUGUAUUUUUAAGUGCAUGUGGUAGCAUAGGGUAGCAUGAUAGCGCUCAGGAAUAGGCAUAUUUAGACGUGUACUGCAACAUCGCUGUAACUUCAUAACAAACCUGCAUCAUUACACACACACAGCAUCUUCUUAACAACAACACAGGGUCACAGUCAUAAUAACUGCAGCUUUGAUUUCCAUGAGUAACCUUCUACAGAGGUAGCAAACUAAGUGACAUGUACUUGUCAGUGGGGCAGCACUGUGGCUUGUCAGUGGGGUAAGCCUGUGCUCAAACAAUAAAACAGCGAAUGGGUGAAGAACUACUCUAACUUAUCACUUCCUGUGAGUCUCCAGGAAUGUGGUGAGAAUGUGUCAGGUGUUUAAAUAAUCUAAAUAAUUACCCUGGAUUGUAAUGUAAUAGGCAUCCUUCAUGAAGAACGGGAGAAUGUACAGGGAUGAGAUGUCCUUAUUUUAUAUGGGGAAGACGGGACUAUAAUGGUGAGGGAGAUGAUCUUCCAAUCAAGAAGGUUGCAUGUUCGAAUCCCACCCUAACCAACAGGAAUCCAUGGUCUAAUGGUUAGGGAGGUGGUCUUUAGAUCUAGAGGGUUGCCGAUUCGAAUCCCGCCUUCACCAUUUCGAAGAUUGUGUUUAUGGCCUCUCUACAACUCUGAAGUGCAAGCAAUCAACAUUCAGGGAUUGUAAGCAAUACCCUUUACCCAUAUAGCUAAGCUGCUUCAGAUAAAGACGUCUGGACACGAGUAUUGUAAUGCAGUGCCUCCGUGGUAGGGUCGCCAUAUUUCUCUGUCAUGACUGGACUGAUUAUCCUACAUUUAAAGGGAGCUUUUCAAAUGCCUGGAAAAUAAUGUAAAGGACAUUGACGGCAUUGAGCAAUUGAUGAUGCUGUGAUGAAUAACCUGAUGAUGAUUUGACUAACAGACAAAAUAAAGUGAACAUGGAACACCAUA